CCCCCUUCUCCUUACCCAACAUGGCCGCCGCCGCCUGACUUGUACAAGGUGGUGGGGGGUGGAAUUGCCCUUCCUCUUGUUCUUUAAUUUCAUUUCAAAUCCGCUGCCCACGCCGAUGUAUUAUCGAUAACAAUAACAACGGCGCGAAUGCUACAGUCGUCAAACAACAACAACAGCAACAACCGCGCGUGAUUACGGUUCUGGCGAUGGGCGGUGGCCGCCGCCGCCGCGCGCUGCCGGGCGGCCCUCGCCUCUCCGAGCGCCGCCGCCGCCGCCCCUCGCGGCCCGGGCGAUGCCCGUGAAGCGGCCUGCCCGGCGACCCCACGGGCUCCACGAGUCCUUUCCACCUCCUCCUCAUCCUCCUCCUCGAUCAGCCGCGCAUUUCUCUUCCUCGCCGGCAACGGCAGUAGCAGCAGCAGCGGUGGUGACGGUGGUGGUUGCCUCGUAACCGAAGUAGACAGACACCCACGUUCUCGUCGCAGAGACGCGCCGCUCGUGGAGGAUUCUCACCCCUCGGCUGUCUCCUCUCGUCCUCUUCUUCAUCUUCAUCAUCAUCUCAAGCAGAGGCAGCAGCAGAAGCAACAGCGCAAGCAUUGGCAGCAGGUGCGGUUGUGGCCAGUAACAGCCAGUCCCAAUCCGGGCUCAUUCACGGGGAGGAAUACGGCGAGUUGCGCUUUCUCGUCCAUCAUUGUCAUCUUCGCCGGCUCUGGCUCCAUCAUCGUCUAAAUCGAGAACGACUCGGGGCUUCUUUACGGGUGGCUCUCUGCACCUGGAGGAAUCGAAGUGUUCGUCGGCUCGGAUCUGUCACCUGCACAAGGGACCCGCGUCUCGUUCAGACUUCGCCUGAGCAGAGUGGAGCUGCUUGUAAGAUUCUCUUUAUGUCUGUGGGCUUUGCUUCAUCACCAUCGACAUCAGAAGCAUCUGUAGCAGAUUAGAGAAGCACCUGUAGCAGCAGCAGUAGACCCUUAACACAUCUUGACCUGGGUUGCUUCACAGGGACCAAGGUUCCUUGGAUUUCUCCUCUCCCGGCUCCGUCAGCACCCAAACAGAUUCGAGCUCGGCUCCUUCCUCAGCUUCACCACCACCAACUACCAACAACCUCUGAAUAAGAAGAAUAAUCUUCACUUUGAAACGCUUCAACCCAAGCAGACGUUUUACCCUUGCAGAGUUCCCACACGGUGGACUCCAUCCCUUCUGGUUUCUCUUUCUCGAGUUCCAAAUAUCAACAGACUCGCUCACCACCACCACCAACAACAGCAGCGGCAUCAGCAGCAGUGAAGCCCCCUUCCUCUGAACCCUGGAGGUGGUCGUACGGAGGAGCCAUAGCGAGAGAGGAGGAGGGGACACAUCCCCACGUAUGCGUCUCUCGACAUUGCUUGUCUGUGUCACUCGCUUGCCAAGGAGCACGGAAGAGCGAGGAGGCUGCGGUGAAUUCGGAGGGCGCGAGUUGGUGGGCUUGGACAUGGAGGCGAUAGUGCAGGAGGUGUACGGUGACCUGGUGGAGGAUGUGUGCCUGGGACUUUGUCUGGAGGCUCAUCGCUCGGUUAAGUGCGGCUUCUUCUUCAUCGACGAGAUGGACCCCGAGGGCAUGCAGGAGUUUGAAAUCGUGGACAAGGCGGGCGUGGACGUCUUCGGGCAGGUGUUCAACCAGUGCAAGAACCGCGACUGCGAGUGCCCCAACUGUGGGCGAACGAUUGCGGCCGCUCGAUUUGCGCCGCACCUGGAGAAGUGCCUUGGCAUGGGGCGCAACAGCAGCCGCCUGGCGAACCGCAGGCUUGCUAACAGCAACAGCAACAACAUGACUAAAUCAGAAAGCGACCCGGAGGAUAACGACGAUGUGAAUGACAACGACUGGUCCUACAGCUCCGAGAAGAAAGGUGCGUCAAGGACAGGUCCGCCCGCUGCAGCCAAGAAGAGAAAGGUGGAGAAGCCACUGCUGUCGCUACAGAAUCCCAACUCGCCCAGAAGAGCCAAGCCCGUCAGGCACAAGAAUGGGGACCUUGGUGGAGCAACUUCAGAAUCUGUAAAGACAUGCCAGAUUCCCAGUUCCAGCAAUGCUGGUAGCACCAGUUCCAUAAAUUACGAGAGCCUGGGACCCCAGGAGCUCAAAUCCUUCCUGAGUACCCAAUGCGGUGUGGUGUCUGAACACACGAAGAAGAUGUGCACCAGGUCCCAUCGCUGUCCGCAGCACACAGACGAUCAGCGCCGCUCCGUCCGGCUCUUCCUGCUCGGGCCGUCGGGGAGUGCGCUGAUGGAGCCGGAGGAUGUGGAUGUGGAUGGGUUUGACGUGGGGGACAGCACGUCGUACGAUACCUCACCCUCCGACUCGGUCUCCUCCAAAGCGAGCACAAACGCCUCCGAGUCAAAAAAGAAGAAAAAGCCUCCCCCAGCGGGUUCUCUCUCCGGCUCCAGCGGCGCCGGCUCUAGCUCCGGCUCUAAUUCCAGCUCCAAGAAGAAGAAGAUUCGUCCGCCCACGCCUGGAUCGGCGCAGUGAUGCCAGCGGUACCAGGGAUAACAAAAAAACCCAUCAGCGAGGCGGUUUUCUGUGCACGGACCACCAACCCCACAUACCCACCCGCCACUCCAAACCCCCUUCAAACGCGCCGUGCAUGUGAACCACCACUAAGACUCCAGGACAGCGCUGUUCAGCGAGAUGUUGCACCUCGUCUUGCGUGUGUUGAUCAAACUGUCUGAAGUUAAACUGGACUCGGCGCAGCGUGACACUCGGGGAAGAUUUUGGCUGUUACGGCCUGCGGUUAGAGCAAUGGGUGUCAGAGCCUGCCGCCCGAACGCCACGUAUAUGGCUUUCGUCUUCGCACUCCUGCCAUCCCACCCGCUCGUUUGUCUGCAUGCCCGCGCAUGUGCAGGUCGGCCUAAGUCAGCGCUCUGCAUGCAGCUGCGACACUGGGUGGAAAAGAAGCCGAGCAGCGACGUUUAGAGAAUUUCUGUGCACACUGGUGCAUGCUUGAGCAGGUCUAUGCAUUUGACAUGGUCUGUGGAGCCUAUGGAGACUAUUAAAUGCGGUGGCUUGAACUUCAACUUAGCAUGAGGACACAAACACCAGUGCCCCGAGUCAAAAAAAAAACCUGCACUUUGCUCACUGCUCAUUGGAUGCUACAUGGUGCGCUUUCACAUUACACUUGCCGUGCACAGCUGAUAACGGUAUCCAUUGCUGUGCAAGAACAGUGAUAAGAACAUGGUAAUUUGACUGGAAAGGCCAUUACCAUUCAUUGUAUGCAGUAUGUCUCCAGUGCACCGGAUUUAGCCGGACGCGAUGUAACUUUAUUCUGGUUAGAUCUGUGGUCUAUACUAUGAUUACGCGAGUGCAAUAGUGGACCAGUGCGGUGCAUUGUGGUCCGUAUUGCAGACGACAGUGAAGAAGAGUGCUCAUGGGAGUACUUGGUUUUUUUGUCGUUUUUAGACACAGGUGAAAAUAAAAUACAGAUUUUCCCAAGUGUAAAAAAAAUCUCAGCAUUGUAUGAUAGAUUCCAUGUUUCUCAGUACGGUAGAAUACUGCCGUCACUCAACUAAAUCUACAAUAAAUAGAAUUUGCAGCGGUAUUUUGGAAUCUAUUGUUUUGAUUCAUGUGUAGUAUGCAUUACUUAUGUUUGCGUGUUCGAUAUUUGAGUAUUAACACUCGUGUAGUGUACAUGAGCUGUGUAGGUACUUGCGUUGAGUUGAUAUAUUUUAAGUGGUGCAUUGUAGCGUCCGGUGUAAUUGACUUUUUUCUGUUGUUUGAAAUGUAAAAGUGUGGAGUUAAAAAAACAUACGGUUGAGACGAUGGCGUAUAUUUCAUUGCAUUCACACUUGUGAUUUUGUUUUGUUAUUUGCAUAAGUAUGGUAACUCCGCAAGCUGCGCUUGUGCAGUGACGUGAUUGCCCCCGUAAGCUUGUGCAACUGGAGUGCGUGCGGUGUUAGUGCACACGUGGUGACUGUGCACAUUUGGUAUAUUUACUGCAUACAUUGACAUGUCCAAAUAAACAUUCAAAGCGG